AUGCUGGAGAGGACGGCGGCGAGCCUCGAAACAUGCAGCCUCCAGAGAGUUCUCCCCGUCGCCAGAACCUCGCUGAAGAGCCAGCGACAGCUACACACAGGCUUUUGGCAACAUGGCGCCUCCGACCUUGAGCUCCUCGAUGCCUACCAGACCCUCCUGCGAGACUCGACACCGACAACGACGCAGAACCUUGGUAGCUCGCAGACGACCAAGACCGAAAGCAGAAUAGAGCCCAUGAAGGCGUCCAUGUUCUUGCUCGACUUCCUAUACCCAAGUGGAACCGCCGCUCUUCUUCGGAAUAUUCUCCCCAUUCGACUACCAUCCCUCGAAUCGGCGCACAAGACUCGUAGAAAUGCGACACGUUUAUACAGUUCAGCGAUAAAUAACAACUCCGGCGCUGCGCAAGAACCGCAAGAGAAACCGCAAGCGGACGACUCGUUCAUGAACGCCGACCUUUUCGAACAGUACUGGAAUGAGCAGGAGAGUGGCCCGUCAGAGUUCGGUCCCAUGUACGAGCAGAUAUGGACGGCUUACAACAAGCUUGAGCCCAACGAGCAGGAGGAUUUCAAGGGCGAUGUCAUGGUCAACUUUGCGCAGUCUGGUCGGUCGGUUGAUGCUUGGAGGAUCCGCGAGCUGUUCGCCACCGUGCCUGUUGAGCGGUGGACGGAAUCCAUAAUCAAAGCCGCUAUCAAGGCCGAACUUGCCUUGGACGACGUGGACAAUGCAAAGGUGCUAUUUUCCGAUGCCCUCAAGAAGAGAGGUCUUCAUCAGGGACUUGACGAUGUCAUGGCACACGCAUUCAACACCUCUUCGUGGCAGCUGGCCUUGGACAUUUGGAAGUUAUUUAGCAGCUUCAAGGGCUCUGAAAAGCUUACUGUCGAAUUCAAGACAUUGGCUUCCGUGCCCGGCUUUCGGGAUAAGCUGGCCGAGUUUGUCGAAUUUGUUGCGCCCAAGGUGCCAGCGACGAAGGCCAAAAAGUCCGCCAAGACCAAGUCGGUUAAGACAAAGUCUCCGGCCGAUACAGAGUCUACGCCUAGCUCAGCACUUGCAGUCGAUACAGAGAUCGCAGAUUUCGUCAGAGUCCUUGCCAACAAGUCAUUACGCUUAUUCUCGCCCACGGACGCAGUCGUUCUUCUUCGCCAUGCUGCGGAUCCAUCGGCAUACGAGGCUUUCAUCAAGCUGGCUAUCGAACAGGGCAAGACCAGAGCUGCGGCGGAAGCCUACAAGAAGUAUCGUCAACUACCCAAGGCCGAGGUCCGUAUUUGGGUGUUGCGCGCCAUGCUCGACAUCUUUUAUCCUACCGACGCUGGCGGCAUGGAGCUUGUCCUGAAAGAUUGGUACAGCCGCUACGACGCCCUUGAGAAGCGAGUUUAUCAAAAGUUCCUGGCAUUCUAUGCUGGCCGUGGUGAUACAAAGUCGGUAACACGUCUGGCCAACGAGUACCGUAAGCACCUCCCAGCGGAAGCCGCGCGAGAUAUGUCACUCAUCUCCAGUCUGAUGCACGUGCACGCGCGCAACGGCAACCCUGAAGCGGCUCGCAAGGUGCUGGAAGACUGUUUAGAGCAGACGGGCCUGGGUAAACCAAAGACUGUUCACUGGAAUAUCUUGCUCAAUGCUUACGCAAAAGCAUCGGAUUACAGUGGCUGUCUCGAGGCAUUUGAGCGUUUGGACGAGGUCGGAAAGCCGGACUCCUAUUCCUAUGGAACUGUGAUGGGUAUGGCCGCUGUGCGUGGUGACCUCUCGUUUGCUUUGGUGCUCUUCAACGCCGCGAAGGCUGACGGCAUCAAGCCUGAUGUGGGAAUGGUGGACAGCUUAAUUGAAGCCUACUGCCAGAACGACCGAUUCCGUGAGGCCGAGGUCAUUGUGAAGCAGACGGUGAAGAAGGGCACACUUCCCGGCAAGUAUACGGUUCUCUUUAACACCCUUCUCAAUCACCACGCCAGGAGGCGAGACCUCAAGGGGUUAUAUAACCUCGUGGAAUACAUGCACGAGAACAAGAUUCCUAGCGACAAUGAGACCUAUAGCCAUCUCUUGUACGGCUUGAUGUACUGCAGACAGUCACAUCACGCUCUGAACCUUUUGCGGGCUUCCGAGAAGGACAAUCUUUUCAAGCCCGCACCUGAACACUACGUUCUCCUUAUGGCCUCCUUCAUUCACAGUCGUGAACCACAUAUGGCCCUCAAACUCAACGAGAUAUUGUCCAAGCGUCAAGAACCCGAGAUGGCCGAGCGGACCACUCGUGUCAUUGACGCCUUGGGCAGAUGGCAGCAGCUCCCCGGCCACCAAAGGUGGCAAAAGGAUCAAAAGUACUACAUUACAAAGGCCAUCAACCUGUUCAAGCAGACCCUGCAGAAGACUGGAAAGGGUCAGCAAGAGGCUCCUCGCCCCGUGGUGAACCAAUUCGCCCACGUCUUGUUCAUCUUGACGCAGAUCCGGGACUUCGGCACCCUCGAAGAAAUCAUGGAUCUAUACACCACCCAAUUCCCAUCUGCAAAGGAGCCUAGCAACUUGCCCAUCCGCCUGCUCAACAAUAUGAUGCUCGCCGACUACCAUGAGCGCAAGUUCGACCGAGUCAGAGAGAUCUGGAAUCAGGUUCUCAGGAAGACGACAUUACAAGCCUUCGGUGAAGUCGCCGAGGAGCCACGGGAUACGGGUGCUGAGGGUGCGGAAACACCAGCUCAGCAACUUGUCGGCCCUUACAAGUGGAUCCUGUGCGACCCCAUUAAGACGAUGCAGCGCGUCUUUUACGACGAGAACGACGCCGACGGGCUCAUGGCAUUCGUCAAGGACGUCCGCAGUCGUGGCUUCGAGCUCGACAGCAAGAACUGGAACUACUACGUCCAAUCGCUUGCGCGCAUGAAUCGUUAUCGCGAGGCCUUCGGCGAGUGCGAGGCGCGUCUCAUGCCCAACUGGACAGGCUGGUAUCGGGUUCGCGCGCGGUCUGCCAUGAAGAACCAGCUGCCGCUCGAGCUCCGUCGUCUGGGCUCCUUCCCUCAGCGCCCAAGACCCAUCUCGCACACCUUGAUCAUCAUGGCCAAGAAGUACAUGGACUUGGAGAACUUGGCCAACUGGCAGAAGGAGGCAGCCAAUCAGCUGGAGUGGGUAAAUGCGGAGUGCCCGCUUACCAUCAAGGCUGUCAAGACCAUGAUCAGAGCGGACUCGGACUUGGAGAAGAGCGUCUUCAACGAGACUGAGGACGUGCUGGCGACGGAAGAGGGGUACGCUGAGAGAUAUGAUGAGGAGGAGAACUGGUCAGAGAUGGCGGAGGGGGAGUUGAGGGAGACGGCGAAGAGAGAGCAGGCGUUUGCGAACCAGCUCAUGUCGAAACGUAUUGUAUAAACAGACACUUACCUUGUAUAAAGAUCUUUGAAGAAGUUGAGCAUGGGACGGAGUAUAGAUAUCACGGGCUUGAACUUUUUUGCAUAAUUGCUUGGCCUGCAUGGUUAUCUUGUUGUUUGGGAUAUGGGCGAUGAAGUACAUAGACUAUUGGCUCUGGUAGAAAAAUGGGAUGGGCAGGAAAGGUGCAUGGCCGGCUAGAAAAGCCUUCAGUAGGGCACGGAGGCAUACGUGUCAUCGAGGUAGAGGCACUGGGCGAAGUGCAUGGAAGGCCAUCUUUUAACUAGACAGAAUAUAACAUGGCG